AUGACAGAACCUCCUCCCUCUCAUCACUCCAAACCCCAAUUGAAUAUCCAUUACUCAGUCCCAGAGUUCACUCCGCCGCACCCGGAUACCAUCCAAGAGCACUGCAAAGAUCCCAACAACCUCAUCUUCUGCCAUGGCGUCAUCAUCCUUAUAUUAUCCCCCACCGUAGCCGUUAAAUUUGGUCCUCAUAUCAAGAUCAUCGAGGCCGAGAGCAUGCUCUACGUCGCGCGAAGCACAACGGUCCCGGUGCCUAAGGUGUUCGCAUACUACACGUAUGGGCCGAUUGAUCGGGACCUGGACGAUUAUGGGAGUUACUACGAUACGUAUAUCUUUAUGACUCUGGUUGAUGGUGUGACGCUGGACGUUGCGUGGGAUCAGCUCAGCGAUGUCGAUAAAACUCGGAUCUCGGAACAGCUCGCUGGUUAUGUCCAGGAACUCCGAGAUAUGGAUGGCGAGGGAUAUAUUGGCUCUGUGAAUCAUGGGCCGGUUACCGAUCACAGCUUGUCAACUUCUCCUGACAAGGGCCCCUUCCCCACCGAAUCCUCAUUCAACAAAACCCUCAUCGAAACUUACCUAAAGUCCGCCCCAAAACGACACAUCAAAUCCUUUCUCGACGGCAUGCUUCCCGACACCCACCGCAUUCUCUUCGCCCACGGCGACCUCCGACCCCCAAACAUCAUGGUGAAAGAUGGAGACUUGGCUGCCAUCAUCGAUUGGGAGCUGAGCGGCUGGUAUCCGGAGUACUGGGAGUUUGCGAAAGCGUUCCUGAUCUGGGGAUGGCAGAGUGAUUGGACGGAUUGUUUGAUGAGGGCUUUGAGGCCGUAUCAUGCGGAGUAUUUUAUGCAUGCGUUUAUUAUGGAGAAAUUGCUGAUUUAA